AACUCGGCUGAUUUCCACUUUCGGUUUGUCCGGAAAAACCACACAAGGAAAUUUCUGGGAUGUCAUACAGAUACUAUUGAUACGUUCCUUGCAGGACCAUAUGGCGCUGGAUGGAAUUAAAGUGUGUGGGGUGAGUGCUGGAAUCUCACAGAGUGACAUAAAGGUGUACUUCAGCAACCCAAAGAAUGGAGGAGGCAGGGUGUCCAAGAUAUUCUUCCCCCUCCUCAAUCACACAGCUGUUGUCAUCUUUGCUGAUAGAAAUGUCAUUCAAGGGAUUACCAGUCGCAGACACAAGAUAAAGAAUUGUGAUGUCAGGGUCGAGAGGCUACCUAAGAAUAUAUUUUCCAAGGUCUCGGUGGAGUUAGAACCAGAAAUAACACAAAUGUUGGACCAAAACUCGUCCUAUCUCGAAGUCCUUCAGUUUGAUGGAGAGUUAGAUGUGAACUUUGACCCUGAUUCUAUGAACUACAUUAUGAUUGGAAACUGGUACCAAGUGGAAUGGGCUUGGAAUUAUUUGGAAUCUGUUUCCAAAGAGACCACUACUCAUGGAUGCCUCAGCCAAAGUGACGAUCACCAAAACAAAAGUAACAUGCUGUCAUCAACUACACCUAAUAUCCCUUCAGGCAGAGGCAGCAGUAGAGCUAGUUCAUCAGAAUCUGUUCAAAAGAACUUUCCUGACACUACAAGGAAACAGAGCAACAUAGCAUGGAAUAUCAAACGUCAAGAGGAGACAAAUAUUUCUGUCCCUUAUCAACCAUUUAAGUCAAAUAUACCACAGACAGUAGACAGAUUGGAGCAAAGGUAUAAGGCUGAACAUUUCCAGGGCACUAAAAGAUCAGAGGUAUUCCAAAUAGGUGGCACUAACCAGAAGAAGAUGAUUGGUACGUCAGAUGCACACAUUCCCCUCCUAGAUAACCCUCUUCGUGGCAGGGACAUGUGGACUUCCAACUACCCACACCAUGAUGACUUUGACAGUGAUAAUACUGAUGAUGAACUGGCAGCUAGUUACCUUGAUGACCGGUCUUCGUCACCAGAAAUGUUUGUCCCUGCCCGGCAUAUCCCCAGACCACGUGGCCCCUCCCCUAAAGGAACAGAAUUACUUCACUCUGACUUUGGUGACAUGCCCUUGACCUUUGAUGCAUUUAUUGGGGGAAUGCAGGUCAAGGUUGUCAUGGGUGACAUCGUUAAAGAACGCAGUGACGCAAUAGUGAACCCAACAAAUCAAACAAUGAGCCACUCAUAUGGAAUUUCAGCAGCAAUUGCCAGAAUGGCAGGAAGAGGCUUAAUUGAUGAAUGUAGGAAUCACAUCACUCGUAAUGGCCCCCUGGAGGUCGCUCAGGUCACCAAGACAUGCGCUGGUGGGGCACUCGACAGCCAAGUGGACUUUGUCCUUCAUACUGUGCCACCAACAUGGAGAGAACAUGAAGUCGAAUCCACGUCCCAUAUUCUUACCUGCACUUACUUGAACUGUUUACAAGUGGCUAACAAACAGCUGUGGUUGCGAUCAUUGUCUCUUCCCAUCAUAGGAGCAGGUGGCCUUGGAAUCCCAUUAGAUGUAAGUGUCCAGGCGUUGUUUGAUGCUGUACACCUGCAUGUGUCCGAUGAGCAAAAGACCAGUCACCUCCAGAGUGUCCAACUAGUAAGCAACACACAAGACAGCACCUGCUCUGUCAUUGUAGUAUUGCGGUCACUCCUUGACUUAGACCAAGGGGAGUCCCAAAACGGUGCUAUUGACCGCUACCUUACCAGAAGUAAGGAGUUCAACUUCAGGGCGAAAGACUGCUAUCUUGAUCAGGAGAAACAAGACAGGAAAGUAAAGGGUGGUGAUGAAAAGUGUGGUGUUUCAGUGGUUGAUGAAAGAAAGCUUGCUAGUCCUGUGGAACAGAUGGGUCCUUAUGGUGCCAGCCUGGUUACCAAUGAGGGUCCUGAGGUUCAAAUAAUGAAGAAUAGGGGUGAUGAUAUCCGUAGACUAGGAAACCAGGAUGACGAUGCUAACAAUCUGUCAAACAGGGGUCAAGGUGUCGACAUUCAGCAAGGCAGAGUGGACAGCCUUUCUAAAGACCAUCAGGCCAGAGGGAACACCAAGCUGGAACUAGGCAUCGAUGUUGAAGGAGAAAAUAGUCACAUUUUUCAAGACAAGUACAUGGUAGAUUUGGGAGAUGAGCCAGGCAAAGAGAAGAUUUCAGGUUUUUGGACCAAACAAGUACCAGCAUAUCCAGUCGAGGAGGAAACCACGGAAGAUGAUACGAGUAGGAAAAGCAUCCAGACUCGGGAAGUUUGUGUAGAGUCACAGAGACAUGACCAAUUGGAUGAGUUUGUAGGUGGUGAUGAUGACUUCACUUAUAAAGUGGACACAGUUCCAAGCAUGCUAGAAAAGGCCAAGGAAUCCACUCUAGGAAAAGAGGUAGAUGACAUGAUCACGCAUCAUGGUGAGGACUCGGAUAACAAAACGGGCAUCACAGACAACCACACACUGUCGGUGAAUGACUCUGAGAUUCAGAAGAGUCUUACAGCAGGAAAUGAUGUGGCACAGAGCAUGCCCUCUUGUGACUGACCACAACAGAAAGACAGAAUGGUGAAGACAAACUGACUGACCAUUUUAUGGACGCAGUUGAGGAGACACAGACCGGCUGUUUGGAAUAGAAGCUGUGUGUUAAUCUUUUAGCUGUAUAUAAGUUGCUUUUAUUGAUUUAUAUGAUAUAUGCAUGAUCUUGAAAUUAGAGUGAUCUCUCCACCAAAGAUGUGAUCAUAUGAUAGAGACAGCUAUCAUACAUAGAGAAACUUCUAUUGCAAAAAUAUAAACAUUUUAAAUAUUUUAUAAUACUGGAGUACACAAAGAAAGCUUCUCCUGCAAAAUCUAGUAGUACUUUCUCUUGAUUAUGUUUUGUUUUAUUUCUUGUCAAAUAUUUCCCUUAUUCAGAGCCUGUCUAGAAAAAUAGAUAAGAAUCAUUACACCCGAGUUCCGAGUGACUGAAACAGAUGACGUUAACAAUGGCUUGACAACCUGACCAUCUUUACUAUUGUGUUAUUGUUUUAUUUUGGUAAUCAAAUGUUUAUUUAUGAAUUUUUACUUGUUGUUUAAUCAUGUUUCUCUCAGCCUUUUCCCUUGUUAAUAAUUAAGCUUGAGGAAACAAAGAAUCAUGCUUCCCUACAGCAAAAGGAAACAAUGUAUACUAUUAACCUCCAAGACUUGGAGAACAAAAACAUAUGUAUAAGAUAUGAGUUUGAUCUUGGAAAGAAAAUCAUUAUCAGUGUGUGUGAUUUAUGUUACAUUUUGUAUAAGAUAAUUGAUGAAUUAGUCCCCCACCAUUAUUACUGUGUCUAGUGAUCACUUGAAUUUGUCCAGGGUUUACCUUAUUUACUGUCGCCUGCAAUUUCCAAGUUUUGUGAGCACCACUGGGGAUGGCAGUGAUGUGGCCCUUUAUUUUACCCUUGCAUCACAAGUCAUUGAGGGUAUAAAAGGAUCUUCUGGUACAGACUUCAUUUUUGUUUUUAUUAUAAGCUAUUAAUUCUAUUUCCAUAUCAUUAUGAAAUGUGAAUGAUAGAAUGUACUGAAGUUAAAUCAGUUUGUAUUGUUAAAAAUCCAGAAAUGAAUUUUGUUUGGAGUUUGAUUAGUUUGAAAGGUCAUGCAGUGAGCUUAUGCCAUGGUCUAGUGUACAAUAGAAGUUACUGUAGAGACCACUAGUGUACAAUAGAAGUUACUGUAGAGACCACUAGUAUACAAUAGAAGUUACUGGAGAGACCACUAUUGUACAGUAGAAGUUACUGUAGAGACCACUAGUGUACAGUAGAGGUUACUGGAGAGACCACUAGUGUACAGUAGAAGUUACUGGAGAGACCACUAGUGUACAGUAGAGGUUACUGGAGAGACCACUAGUGUACAGUAGAAGUUACUGAAGAGACCAUAGUGUACAGUAGAGGUUACUGGAAAGACCACUAGUGUACAGUAGAAGUUACUGAAGAGACCACUAGUGUACAGUAGAAGUUACUGUAGGGACCACUAGUGUACAGUAGAGGUUACUGGAGAGACCACUAGUGUACAGUAGAGGUUACUGUAGAGACCACUAGUGUACAGUAGAGGUUACUGGAAAGACCACUAGUGUACAGUAGAGGUUACUGUAGGGACCACUAGUGUACAGUAGAGGUUACUGGAAAGACCACUAAUGGACAGUAGAGGUUACUGGAAAGAC